AUGAUCGUCGAGCGGCUGCGUGCCCUCUCCCGACGUGCUGCUGUUGUUGCAUUCAGCACGACCACCUCGCAGCUCGCUCCGAAGUUUUCAGGAGCUCCUUUGGCGACGGCAGGCCUGAUCUUCGGAGCUGCCAAUGCCGCAGGAUUUGGCAUCUCUGUAGCAACCGGCUGGCAUUACCACUUGGACCUUAUCGGCACUGGCAUCUUUUCUGCGGCCGCACUGGCGCUGGUUGGCCAACCCGGUGACCUGCGCCAGAAUGCAAGCGCUGCUUGCAUCUCCGUUUGGGCCAUAAAGCUCGCUGCGUUCCUAUUCUACAGGGUGCUGCAAACCCGCCACGAUGCACGCCUGGAUGAUCAGCUGGCAACAACCAAAGGG